AUGCUGCUGCCUGUGUUCACCCUGAAACUGCGCCACAAAAUCAGCCCCCGCAUGGUGGCCAUAGGGCGCUACGACGGGAUUCACCCGUGCCUGGCAGCCGCCACCCAAGCGGGCAAGGUUUUUAUUCACAAUCCUCAUACCCGGAGUCAGCAUGUCAGUGCAUCCAGGGUCUUCCAGAGCCCCCUGGAGUCUGAUGUUUCACUUCUCAACAUCAACCAGGCAGUCAGCUGCCUGACUGCAGGAGUACUGAACCCAGAACUUGGCUAUGAUGCUCUUUUGGUGGGGACACAGACUAAUCUUCUGGCUUAUGAUGUCUACAAUAAUUCAGAUUUGUUCUACAGAGAGGUUGCAGAUGGGGCCAAUGCAAUUGUGCUGGGAACACUGGGGGACAUUUCCUCUCCUCUUGCGAUUAUUGGUGGAAAUUGUGCUCUGCAGGGUUUUGAUCACGAAGGAAAUGAUCUCUUUUGGACGGUUACUGGAGAUAACGUUCAUUCCUUGGCCUUAUGUGACUUUGACGGUGAUGGUAAGAAAGAGCUCCUUGUCGGAUCAGAGGAUUUUGAUAUCCGAGUUUUUAAAGAAGAUGAGAUUAUAGCAGAAAUGACAGAAACAGAGAUAAUCACCUCUCUUUGCUCCAUGUAUGGUAGUCGAUUUGGUUAUGCCCUUUCCAAUGGCACAGUUGGAGUUUACGACAAAACAGCCCGAUACUGGAGAAUUAAAUCCAAAAAUCAUGCCAUGAGCAUUCAUGCUUUCGACCUUAAUUCUGAUGGAGUGUGUGAACUGAUAACUGGCUGGUCCAAUGGGAAGGUCGAUGCUAGAAGUGACCGAACUGGGGAGGUCAUCUUUAAAGACAACUUUUCUUCUGCAGUUGCUGGUGUGCUGGAGGGAGAUUACCGGAUGGACGGUCACACACAGCUAAUCUGCUGCUCCGUGGAUGGGGAAAUCCGGGGCUACCUGCCAGGCACAGCCGAGAUGAGAGGCAACCUCAUGGACACCAGCAUAGAGCAGGACCUGGUCCGAGAGCUGAGUCAGAAAAAACAGAAUCUGUUGCUGGAACUCCGUAACUAUGAGGAAAAUGCCAAGGCUGAAUUGAGUCCACUGAACGAGGCUGAUGGGCCUCGGGGCGUCAUCCCAGCCAACACCAAGCUGCACACCGCCCUCUCAGUCAGUCUGGGGCAUGAGACCCAGCCUGCUCACGUGGAACUGUGCAUUUCCACCUCUAACGACACCAUCAUCCGAGCAGUGUUGAUUUUUGCCGAGGGAAUCUUCCUGGGUGAAAGCCACGUGGUACACCCCAGCAUUCACAGCCUUUCCAGCUCCAUCCGCAUCCCAGUGACACCUCCCAAAGAUGUCCCUGUGGAUCUGCACUUGAAAACCUUCGUGGGUUACAGAAGCAGCACCCAGUUUCAUGUGUUUGAAUUGACAAGACAGCUCCCCCGCUUCUCCAUGUAUGCGCUGACUGCCCCCCACUCUGCCACCGAGCCACUCAGCUACGUCAACUUUAUCCUUGCAGAACGGGCACAGAGGGUUGUUAUAUGGCUCAACCAGAACUUUCUGUUACCAGAAGACACUAACAUUCAAAAUGCUCCAUUUCAAGUGUGUUUCACGUCCUUACGGAAUGGUGGCCAGCUGUAUAUAAAAAUCAAGCUUAGUGGAGAGAUCACCGUAAAUACUGAUGAUAUCGACUUGGCUGGUGACAUCAUCCAGUCGAUGGCAUCAUUUUUUGCUAUUGAAGACCUUCAGGUAGAAGCAGAUUUCCCGGUUUACUUUGAGGAGUUACGAAAGGUGCUAAUUAAGGUGGAUGAAUAUCAUUCAGUGCAUCAGAAGCUUAGUGCGGAGAUGGCCGAUAAUUCUAACCUGAUUCGAAGUUUGCUGGUCCGAGCUGAGGAUGCGCGUCUGAUGAGGGACAUGAAAACCAUGAAGAAUCGCUACAUGGAACUGUACGACCUUAAUAAAGACUUGCUAAAUGGAUACAAAAUUCGCUGUAACAAUCACACAGAGCUACUGGGGAACCUCAAAGCAGUAAAUCAGGCCAUUCAAAGAGCAGGUCGUUUGCGGGUCGGAAAACCAAAGAACCAGGUGAUCACUGCUUGUCGGGAUGCAAUUCGAAGCAACAACAUCAACAUGCUGUUCAGAAUCAUGCGCGUGGGGACAGCUUCUUCUUAG